UUACCUGAUGUUAGAAAUCAAUUUUCCUUUAAGAUGUUUGAACAAGAUGGCUCAGUCAUGAUAUUUUGGCAUUCAGUGUCACAACCACAAGAAAAUAAAUGUAGGUGAAUGCGCAGUUCUACUCGCUGAGCUUAUAGUCAUGCAGCUUCUAUAAUUUUGUAUACAGCACACUAAUCAUUAAUUAAUAUUAAAAUCAUUCUAUGUUUUUGCAGCAUUUUCCUAUUUUGCAAGAGGGAUUUGCUCUACUUUAAAUAGAUUUAUAUGUGUUGGUAAGACUUUCUAGUAUGAUAUAGUUAUUAAUAAUAAAGUUGAAAUAAAUAUUUGAAAAAUGUGAUUUAGUAAUUGAUAGCACAUUAAUGCAUCAUUGCAGUACGGUACAUAUUAUUUAUUUAUUCAACUUUGCACGAAUGACAUGCAUACAAUACAAAUACAAAAUUAUAUAAGUGACGAAUGGCGGGGACACCACAACAGUUAAAAUCAAUUAAUUACUGCGGGCCCUUAUUAGGUUGUGGUAGAGUGCAACAUAUGGUGGUCAGCUUUAAUAGGAAAAACAGUUAUAUUAACAAAAUUGUUCACUUCGGUACGAAGACCACUAGGCCAGGCUAUCAACCGGAUAAGUGAUUUUUUCAAGCUUUCUGAAAUUGUUGGUUGAUUGGUAUAACCCAGAUUAAACUGUAGUAUUUAAUAUAAAUUAAAGGGUUUUUUUAUUGACUGUGAGGUUUGUGUCCACAGUUUUAUAGCUUUUCAAGCAUUUUUUGUGUAAUGGUUGAAAAAAUCACUAUCUGGUGGAUAGCACUAUUCAGCCUUCUACCUUUGUACUCGGGAGAAAGGAGGGACCGCUGACAACACAUCAAGAAACGAAAUAUGCCCACUUUUCACUCUUGUCAAGUUGGCUCUGCCUUUGCAUAAACAUUACUUAUAUCCAAUUAAUCUGUUAAUGUUCGUUAUUUAUAAAAUCAACAUUCAGUCUGGAAAUUAUUUAUAGCAGAAUUACUACGUAUCAGAUUUGAUUGACAGGCGUAUCAAUUUCGACCAAUGGGGAUUUUGCGUUGUGUGGGCAACGCGUAUUUCAUUUCUUGAUGUAUUGUCGGCAGUCCCUCCUUUCCUUUCGCAUGCCCGGAAAUCUAAACCCGCGGAAAGGAGGGACCGCUCGCAGUCUAGUCCAGGAUGGUAAAACUGGCAAACCAAAAAUAGUGUGGAGACGUAUGUGCUGAUCAAACUAUGUUGUUUUAUUCAUUUUAUAUUCCAUUCAGUGAUGAAUCUGUCGAUCAUACUAUAGUCAGUUUUCCAUCUCUAAUGUCUUUGAUGGACUGUAAUGUAUGACAAGAGCAUGCAAUGAGCAUCAUGUAAAAAAUAUAGGAAGUGUGAUUUAGGUUGCGGGCAUGAGCAAAGGCAAUGUAACACAAUAGGUUGCCGAACCAAUCAAAUUCAUUCACAGUUCGAAUCAUCAUUAUACCAUCAUCAUCUGCGUAACAUGGGCUUAACACGACAAGACAGCAUUUCCUUCACGUGUCAACAUUUACAGCAAUUAAAACAUACCAUUACAACAUCUUCAUUCUUCAGGAACGUGUACAGGUUCAAUUUUGGUGUUUGAUGUGCCACCUCAAGGUACAGCUGUUAAACUACACGAGACUUUAGACCAUCAUAAAGUUGGAAUCACAGACUUAGCAAGCGUUUUGGACAAAAUGGUCUCGGCUGAUGAAGAUGGUAAUAUUACUGUAUGGCAAUGUGACGAGACGUCGAGGCAAAUUGCAGAAAUACGUGGCUCGGGGUAAGCUUAGGCCAUCAACAUUCAUCAACAUUGACAACAUAUAUAUAACGCCGGUUGGCGAGAAUCAUGGAAAAGCCAUAUUUUUACUACUAACUACAAAGCUGUAGAUUUUAGUACUGUACUACUGAUACAAGCUAGAUCAGUUCGUUUGUGCUUGCAGGCAGUGUCAGGAAGGGAGUUCAAGCCCCAGUGUGCCUGAAGGAGAGGGGGUAAAAACCCCCUUCCCCCUACUGUGUGCUGUGCUCCUGUCGGUAACCAUAAUAUGAUGCGAUUGUUGUAGUAGUAUUUGUAGUCUUACCUGUAGUCAGAUCUAUCUAUUAUAAUUGUACUGUAUACGCUGGUUUUUAUUUCAGAACACCGUGCAUGAGUCUCGCUUUAUGGAAUGGUUUUAUUACCGCGGCCUAUAGUUCUGGACAUAUUCGCAUAUUUGACUUGGCUCUAGGAAUUCUCAAAACAGAGAUAUGUGCUCAUUCAAGAUGCGUCAAUUCCCUAGACAUCGCUUCAGAAACUGGUCUGGUGAGUUCGCUGAACUAAAUUUCCAACAAAACCAUUUAUAACAAAUGAAUAUACUAUUACUGUAAACCUAAUCAGCUGUUCCUAAUCGAGUGCCUCAACUUCCAGAUAAGAUGAAAAUUUGAGUAGAAACCCUUCGUUUUUAAAUCGUUAGUUUGUAUGUUUCUUGCAGCUACUAUCAGUUGGUGAAGAUUCGUUCGUUCGAGUGUGGGUGUUACCUAAAGAUUCUGCUAACAAGGUGGUAGUUAAAAAUCCAACACAGUAUUUUCAGCAUAAGGCGUAAAAAAAAUACCUGUGGUUCCGGUUCCCGACCGACCCUAUUUUUUUCUGCCGACCCUAUUAUUUUUUCAACGCGAUUGACCGUGCGACCCUAUUUUUUCCGGGUGGUUGCGGGCUGCUAAUACAGCGUGCCAAAAUGGCGUCUGUUGUCACACUAAUUAUUGAACCAAAUUGCCUAUAUUCGUCCAUAGGAAAUACGCAUCUCUAGUUAAUAUUGAUGUCGGGACUCUACUGCAAAUCGCCCAGCAAAAAAACGCCAAAACCAUGAAAAAAAUAAUUAAAAAAAAAAAUUAUUUCCGACCUACCGACCCUAAUUUUUUCACGAUAUGAAACCGGAACCACAGGUUUUUGUACGCCUAACAUUUUAUAACUAAACAUGAACUAUACUGUCAAGCCAGUUUCGCAUAUUUAGCCUCAGUAGAGACUGAGUCGUUCUGGCAAUUGAACUAUUCAUAGUAACACCAAACACUGUCCUAUUUCAUACCCAGGCGCUUUGCUUUGAUAACGUCAUUAAGGGCACUCGCCACGCGGGACAACACGCGAGCCAUAGCGGAUUGUCAACAUAAAGUAGACGUACACCAAAUUUGAAUCUGUCCAUUGGGCGAGAAUAACGUUCUACCAAUUGAUCUAUUCAUAACGUUCUACCAAUUGAUCUAUUCAUAAUAAAUCCAGCCCACGUUGACACAGUAUUUCUAGCAAUGGAACUGUUGAGUUUCUGUCAACUUCCGUUCAGCGACUUCCGUUGGACUUGUUUGCCCAACAAAACUCCCAACAACAAUAAGCCACCCCUAAAACGUGACUUAUAUGACUGUUUAUAGUAAAGAACACCCCAACACUCUAUUUAGCGCGUAACCCCAACACUCAGCUGUAAUCGCGCGUAAUUUAUGGCUGUUUUUCUUUAGGUGGAGUUGUUAUUCCAAUCUCCUGUUUCAGACAGUCAGCUAUGUGGUGGACGCUUUCUAGACGAGUCAGGCCAAUCCUUUGGUGUUAGUGGCUAUGAUUUAGCAGAAAUUGUUGUCUUUGGAAAAAAGUAGAACAGGAAUAUUUUGAACUGCUAUUGCUUCUGGCAUACAGCUUAGCAUUAAGACAGUGGAAAAUUUUAGAUACAGAUUAUUUAUUCUACCAGAAACCUGAAACUUCACUCUUUAAGAUGUGUUCAAAUCAGUCCAAGGCUGCCCAAUAUUGUGCAUGUCGGAUUAUCAGGAUGCUGCAUGGCGUAAUAAUUCCUAAAGUGUCUAUUGAAUAUAGUAAUAUCUUCUAGAAAAUAUCAUGUAAAAUUUAGAUAAACUAAAAAUGUACAUUAUGCAAAUGAUAAUUUAUUGUGAAUAUCGGCGAGAUUGUUUGGCAUCUCGUUCGAUAGAACUAUUAACAGUGAAAGAUUUUUGUAGAUGGAAAUUUCUGAGCGGAAACUUUUUCGCAGCUGUUCCUGAUCAGGUUUAAAAUUUUAUAUAAUCUUCCGUUCCAAAAAUUUCCAUUUACAAUACUACUGCUGAUGCAUGUACAAUACCCUAUUAUACACUGCUGAUGUAAAUAAACAGUUUCGCCUAAACAAUUAUGUCAGGACGUGUAUUUUUUAAUUACGGUAGCCACGGCACAGUAUACAGUCAACCCCCAUUUGGAACUGUAUAUUCGAAUUCAGCAAGAUUGGCG